CUAUCUAUCUGAUCUAACUUACAAGCAAAGCGAUAUAUCAAGCAUUGAACAAUACAAGUAGUGCUACUAUACAAGAUCUUUAAUUGAGUUCUAGAAAAGCAAAGUGUGCAGAGUAGAGUUGUAAGUCCCAGAGUAGGUGUUUUUUUUUUUUUUUUUUUUGUGGAUUUUUUUUUUUUAUGAUAAUGUGGGGUUGGCAAUUUAGGGGUUAGCUGGGUGUUCACGGAAGAGGUGGGUCUUUAGUUGUUUUUUGAAGAUAGUGACAGAUUAUGCUGUCCGGAUUGAGUUUGGAAUUUCCUUCCACCACUGAGGGACUUUAACCUUCAAACUAUCUUCAAGCUUAUGAAACAGUUUCAAACUUCCAGACUGGCUUUGUCAAGCCAACAUCAAAAGGUUGUCGUGACGAACGUUACCUAUCUAGUUAACUUGCAAAUGAGCAAAUACAAGGAACCACGAAUGUUGCAUAAAACGCACACGUGUAUUUUUUUAAAUGUCCACCAGAGGGCGUCAUUUCAACUCCAGAUUAAAGCUUCAGCAGUUAAUGGAGACGUAGAACAGCACAUUUGGGUGGUGAAAAAGAGGAUCCACAACACAACAGCGCUCUUAAACUUCUAUAACCCGCUGUUAACGAGAACCAGACCAUGUUAGCCCUCAAAGGACUGGGCGUAUGUGAGCUGAGCCUGUGCUGUGCUUUCCUCCUCCUUCUGCGUGGAGUGCAGUCUGAUUCCAGUAAAACUUUGGAGCUGAUGUCUAUGUACCGACUGAUAGAUGGACACAAUGACCUCCCUUUGCACCUGCGCAUGCUCAGGAAUAACAAACUCAGCCAGUUUGAUUUGUACAACAGCCCGAAAACAGCUACGGAUAUUACCCGACUCAAAGCUGGUCAUGUUGGAGGACAGAUGUUUGCGGCAUAUGUGUUAUGUACAGCUCAGGACAAGGACGCCGUUAGACUGGCAUUGGAGCAGAUUGAUGUGAUACGACGUAUGUGCACUGAAUACCCAGAGCUGGAGUUGGCUACCACCGCUGCAGAAAUGAAUGCCACAAAGAAAAUAGCUUGUUUGAUCAGUGUGGAAGGAGGCCAUGCAAUUGAUAGCAGUCUGCCAGCUUUACGCAUGUUCUACCAACUUGGAGUGAGAUCUGUGGCACUCACACACACCUGCAACACACCUUGGGCAGAAAGCUCUUCCCUAUAUUACCCUUACUACAAGAGAGAAAACAAAAGCUUGACAGAAUUCGGAAAGGCAGUAGUGCAUGAGAUGAACAGACUGGGAAUGUUGAUUGAUCUGUCUCAUUCUUCCUGGGCUACAGCGGAAGCUGUGCUGCAACUUUCCAAAGCUCCGGUCAUCUUCAGCCACUCCGCCGCCUACAAAAUCUGUAACAACCCACGCAACGUCCCUGAUAAACUGCUUCUCAUGCUGAAAGCAAAUGGAGGACUCAUCAUGGUGAACUUCUACAGUGAUUUUAUAGCCUGUGGUGCUCAAUCAGAUGUCUCUCUUGUAGCUGACCAUUUUGACUAUCUUAAGCAUGUAAUCGGAGCAGAGCACAUUGGAAUCGGGAGUGACUACGACGGGGCCAGUGGAUUCCCUCAAGGUCUGGAGGAUGUGUCUAAAUACCCUGCUUUGAUUGGAGAACUAUUGAGUAGGCAGUGGAGUGAGGCGGACCUGGCAGGUGUGCUGAGGCUCAACUUUCUCAGAGUCUUUGAGAAUGUGGAGAAGAUACGUGAUGAACUACGCAACACUCUUCCCAGUGAAGUGUCAAUCCCCCUUGCAGAGGCCCAAAAUGAAUGCCGUUUGGUUCUGGGGCACCCGAAUAGCUCAAAAAUGGUCAAGUCAUCUGGUAUGCAAGCGAGUAAUCUUUUAAGCUCAGGUGCUCUGUUUUGGACUGUUCUCUUUUUCCACUUUAUGCUGCUACAUAAACCGACAUAUCUGAAUUGA